AUGGGUGGCGGCGUACCAAGCAGCAGCGCCGAUAUCCGAUUAGGCGAUGUUGUAGUGAGCCAGCUAACAGGCAAAUCUGGAGGGGUGAUUAAGUACGAUCUUGGUAAAGCAUCAAACAGGGUUAAUUUCCAGCGGACCGGAUCGCUGAAUGAGAUCCCUGAAUAUCUGUCAACUGCUCUAGCUACCAUCCAAGCGAAUCACGACCUUAGGGGGCUUAUGGGGCGUCAAAUCGCCAAAAAUCUUUCCGAUAUUCAAAGAAAACUAUCUCCUUCCAUCCGGUCCUUGAGACCAGAAGAGGACUGUCUAUUUCAAGCUGAGUAUGAGCAUAUCGCACCUGGUUCGUGUGCGAAUUGCGAUCGAUCCAUGUUGAUUAUACGACCUGAACGAGAGCAGGAUGAUCCUGUCAUCCACUAUGGAUCCAUUGCAUCUGGAGAUAAAUUGAUUGAAAAUGGCCGACUUCGAGAUCAGAUAGGCCAGGAGCUAGGAGUCCUCUGUUUGGAUGCGGGGACAACAGGUCUCAUGGGUAUCAUUCCAUGCCUGGUCAUUCGGGGCAUCGGGCACUAUGCCGACUCUCACAGGAACGGCGAAUGGCGAUAUUAUGCAUUUGCUGCGGCAGCAGCCUAUGCAAAGGAGCUUCUAUUGAUGGUUCCGCCACCCCAAGCAAGAGACAUCAAUAAGAGUGGAGAUAGCAAUCCAACACCGGAAUGGAGUGGACUAAGGGAAAGUACCCUCCGUGCGCCGCCAACAGAUUCUGGAUACGCAUCUACUACCCACCAAAAGAUUCCACGCCGAGAUGAAUACCACACAGAACAUGUUCAUAAUGUUCAAAGCAUAGUGUCUGGCGAAGAGAGAUCCCCUUCUCCUCCGGCGGCAGCUAGCCCGAGAAAAGCACAAGACGACCACGACGAAGACACUGAAUCUAUCUAUACAACUGAGUCUAGCAUUUCUCCUUCGGAAAAGCAGAGCUAUAUUUCCGAACUGGUAGAUGAUUUGUUCAAUAAAGUCCAGUAUGGCCAAUAUGCCCAGAAACUUCCGGAAAGAAUAAACGACAUUCUUCCUCAAUAUCUGAAAGCUUUUGCAAUAAGAUUUGGUCAGUUUGGCUCGACUCAGAUACACAGGGAUAUCAUGGUGUUUAUCCGUCGACACAGAGAUGAAAUUGCGAAUGGGCUGAGAAGAAAAUACCUAGAAAAUCAGACUGAAACCUAUGUGUCAACGCAUGACGACACCAAAAUAAAAUUAGGCGAUAUCAUGGAUCUCUGGGACCAAAAUCUGGAGGAUGCAGAUGGUGAGCUUGCCACCGCACAAUUCGACAGUGGGGCAGAGCAUUUAGACGUGGACGAUGAUAUCCCGAUUGAAGAUGGUGAUGAAAAUCUCCCUGAACAUACGGAAUUUUGGAGGCUGAUCACCAGUAGCCCAGUGUAUGAAUGGCUACUUGGGAGUCUCCGGAGGAAACUUCACCUGCAACCAGCAGAGCCAAAUGUUCAAGAUGCUAUUCGCGACCGAGUCCUGGAGACCCUCCCGUCAUCCCGAAGAGUCAGUCGAUAUGACCAGCCAACAAUAUAUCAGGUAGUAUUCCGUCUCAAUUGGGAUCCCGCGUCUUUCAUCGCAGAGCAGGAGUAUGACAUAAGUAGAGAAGGCUUCCUUGGGAAGAUUAUCACGAUUACAGGGUCCGAUCAGGAUGCUCAAGCAAUGACUUGCUUGCAAUACCUUCAGCAAACAUGGCAUUCAUAUGGUGCCGAUAUCCUUCAGCUAGUCGAGGCGACACUGCUUAGUGAGCGUGACUAUAAACACAGCUGUACACUGCCAGACAAUACACAACUCGCGGCUUGGACGAAUGAAAAGGAGUUUCUAGUUGAAGUCACUGGGAUUGAGAGUUCAAUUACAGAGAUUGGGGAACAACUUGCGUGGCUAGGCUCUGCUCUCCGUUCCUCGCCCCACGACUCUAGGAUAUUGUACUGCAAACCGUUCAUCAACAGCGCCAGCCCUUCUCCAGAACCCCCCCAGGCCAAAAAGCGCGAGUCCCGUGCUGGGACUCGUAAUGUGACGUCGCUAUCUGCCGAACAGCUGGAGAGGAAGCGCGUCAACGAUCGGGAAGCCCAAAGAACCAUUCGUCAGCGGACCAAGGACCACAUUGAACGGCUGGAGCGCCAAGUGGCCGAGUUGAAAGUCAAGGGGGAACACCGACGGAAUAUGGCGUUGGAACAAGAGAUUCGAGCUUUGAAGCAUCAGCUCGCCCGGGCUAGUAGACAGGAAUAUCCGGGUAUGAGUUAUAAAGAUGCAGCAAACCCAAAUCCACAAGCAGCAGCUAUCACACGGGUAUUAUGCGGUAUUGAUUUCAAGUGUGAGGAUCUGGAGCAAGCGAGCUCGUCGCCGCCCCUGGGACAAUGCUGGCAUCACUUGUUCCGAAACCCCACAGUGGUGAUGGGCUUCCCAAUACCAUACCGCUCCAGACAAAAUACUGGCCUUGAAAUCCCGCUCAACAUCUUGGCGGAUCUAGCCCAAGCAACGCAGGUGGAUGUUUUUAGUGAUAAGCUACUCAUCAAAGGAUUUUCUAGCUUAUUGAUCCCGACGGAGUACAUCCGAGAUCAGAAUCAGAUGAUGUGGCACCUACGUUAUAAUGUGCAUGGAGAUCGCAUUUCGUAUCUGGAUGGCAUUGGGGCUCAUGUCAGACACAUCACACUAGCCGAUUUGGAGUCGAGCCGACAUAUUCUUGGUUGGUGUUCAGACGCACAGUUCCAUGCCGGAGCGACAGACGCUAGUUAUUCGAUCAAUCGAUCUUGGUUGGGGCCACCGUCCGCUCGCUGCAGCCUAAACAACACAUUGAUCACGGCAGGCAGGCUAAUCACAGGCGGUGACCCAGCAAUAUAUGGCAACAGAGACAUACCGUAUCGACUAAUUAGGAAUGAGUACAUUGAAAAGCUCUCGUGGAUUGCCAGACAAUACGUGGUAAUGUGGGAUGCCGGAGCCAAACGGGGGUGGUUGGUGAAUGGGGCCUGCGCUCUUUUGCACCUUCUAUUUGCUUCCCUAUAUUUCAACAGAACUGAUUCACUCAGCUUUGCAUUCCAGUUAGAUCUUACCGACAUCAAAGUCCCAGAGAACACAUUCAACCCCAGCUCUGCAAUGGAGGUCUUGUUGAACCCUGAUAACCUUAGUCUGAAACUGUACCACGCGAAACAGAGCGAACCGAGUGAGGCAACUUUACCUCCAGUACGGAUUCAAGAUAGAGUCAAUCGUUUGUAUAACAUGCUCGAGAAGAUCAUGGAUCAUCAAGCAGAGAUCAUGGGGGCAGGCGGCGGAGCGUCACUCAAUACGUCCAGGGGAAAUCUGGAAGGAUGGGAUUUCAAGGAUUUAGCGACCCAGGAAGACCCGUUGUAUCCUCGGCUUUAUAAAUUGGGGAUCAGAGGGAAAAGCUGGGUUGACUUUAUUAGAGACAUUCGUGCGGCAGUGCUAUUUGGGACGGGGUUUGGUGAGAUUCUUCGCCCAGUUGAUAACACCCAACUAUGCCCAUAUUGGAGCAGUUUGCCAGAAGGUAAAUCUUACCUUGCAGUCAGUGGGUAUGAUCUUACAAAUAUCAUCGAUCGGUUCGGAAAUCCACAUAGUAGACCGGUCCGACUGACCCGCAAUUUGAUUUGGUGCAACUGCCUAGACAAUGGCCCGCCAGCUUGCAAGUGCACUGGACUCUCGGAACAGACAGAACAUUCCGAGCUGGCACAAGUAAUCCUGCCUUCACGCUUCAAAAGGAGAAUACCUAUGCCGAAUUCCGUUCGACCAAGCAGUUGGAGACAUGGCGCGAUAAUAUUUGGUUACAACAGAAACUUGCGAUGGACCUGGAACGACACCGGCUACCCUGAACAGAAAGACGUCUUGUCAUGCUCAGAUGAUUCGGGGUCCGAUUCAAAUGGCGACUUCCACGACUCAGGACUUGGAACAAGCUUGGCUCCUGCCACUGCCGAUGGUUCUAGGAGGCUGUCAGUAUCAAGGUCCCCGUCUGGAGGUAUCACUCAGGAGGACUACGAGGUAGGCAUUGUGUGUGCGCUGUCCAAAGAACUUCUUGCCGUCCGCGCAUUGUUCGAUUCAACCCACCCUGACCUCGAAAAAGACCGAAAUGACCCUAAUUGCUAUUGUCUCGGACGGAUGAAAGGAUUCAAUGUGGUUGCUGCUGGUCUCCCACACGAUGAUUAUGGCACAAAUUCCGCCACAAAUGUUGCUUCUCAUUUGAUCCGAACUUUCCCGCGAGUGAAGUUCUGCCUGGUCGUUGGAAUCGGAGGGGGAGUACCUUCCGCAAAUCGGGACAUACAGCUCGGUGAUGUCGUCGUCGGUACCGGGGUGAUACAAGGUGAUAUGGGGAAAUGGAUCCAGGACUCCGAGUUUAAGAUGACGGCACAGAAACAACAACCACCGCCCUAUUUACGAGCAGUCAUCACGAAAAUCCAGUCCAAUGGCUUCAUUUCCUUCGAGUCCGCUUUGAACCCGCUCCUUGACGAUCUUGAUCUGAUUGCCUCAAUGCAACCGAAAUACUUAUACCCAGGCGCAGACAAAGACAUGCUAUUUAACGCAGGUGACGUGCACGUUGAGACGGAACCAAAUUGUGACAAGUGCAUCGGCAGCCGACGUCCAAAGUCUCGACAGCAUGACGGCCCAAGCGUUUUCUACGGUCUUAUCGCAUCUGGUAAUCAGCUCGUUCGAGAUGCAAGAUACCGAGACCGCCUGGGCCAGGAAAAUGUGAUCUGUGUUGAGAUGGAGGCGGCAGGAGUCAUGAGAACCACCACCGACUGCCUUGUCAUUCGGGGCAUAUGCGAUUAUGCCGACUCGCAUAAGAACGAUCAGUGGCAGGAGUAUGCCGCUGCCACGGCGGCUGCUUACGCCAAAUUUUUCCUGUCUCAUAUGCGCGAAAGUGCUCAUGAGUUCGCCGUCCGAGUUCCAUCACGGUUGGAAGCUCCGACCGGGUCAGUACACUUGCAGAAGGAGAAGCGGGCUUCGCCAUAUGCUGUCUUUGACCAGAAUGUGGAGCUCAAGAGAUCUCGACGAUACUGA